UUCAGCGUCUACAGACAGACAGUCAUUGUGUGACCAUUUCUUUGCUGUUAUUUGCAAAGGUGCAUUAUACCCACUACAGAUAUUCAGAAAAUACAUUCAUACAAUUAUAGAAUUGUCCAUGAGUGUUUUAAAAUAAUACACAUGAUUAGAAAGAAGUACCAGGGUGUAGUAGUUCUCUUAGGAAAGGAACACAAUUCGUCUACUCAGGCCACUCCCAUAUCAACCAUAUCCCUAAUCACACAGUACACCUCACCCUCACUUCGAGAUGAUGUCAAGCAAACAUUAGCCAGCUUAACCAACUAGUUUGCUGUGUAGAACUGUUUAACAGUUGUAUGUUGCAGCUGAAAAUAAGAUUUCAUCCUGUUUUGUAAAUUAACUAUGAAAAAAGGUCUAAAUAUAAAGUAAGUACAGAAAGCUCUAAAAAAAAUGGAAGAAAAAUAAGAGAAGUAGAAAAAGGUAAAAUAGCAGUUAGAACAAGAAGGAACUUUGUGCCAUUGUGAUCUUAAGGUGAAUCAAUGCUCCAGGCCUGCAAUGCUGGCCAGGCCAGGCCUUCUUGUUAAUACUGCUGCUAAUUAUGCAGGUUUGUUUAAAUGUCUCUCAAGAACAAAGUGGAAGAGGACAGGACUUAGAGUUAUGAAUUUGCCAUUUCUAGCUAUCCUUCUGUCAUUACCAGCGCUAAAUGGUAGUGAGAACUAUGCAGUUACUUACACAUCUGCUGAUGUCUGCGCAUUAAGAGAAUCAACGGUUGACAUCCACUGCACCUAUAAAUUCCCUUAUAACGACCAUUACAACGUCACAACACUGUGGUUUACUAAAGGACCGAUCGAUAUGCCAGUUAAUCUGAUAAAUGAUACUGACCACGCAUGUCGUGUUGAAACCAGCUGCGGAACGAUAGAAUGUAAUUCGUCCAGCUGUAAUGCAACAUGUACCUUGAGAAUCAAAGACUUGAGACAGAGUGACUCUGCUGAGUACAAGUUCAGGUUCAUGACAAACAUAAAAGGUGGGAAGUGGAGUGGCGUCCCUGGAGUGAUGUUAUCUGUGACAGACCAGGUGAAGGUGUCCUUUCCUUCCUCUACUGAUCCUACCAGGGCAAACAUGACAUGUCGCAGUAUGUGUAGUCUAGCUGGUGGUUUUACCUACAUCUGGUUCAGGAAUGGACAGUAUGUAGAACAGGGGAUCUACUACAAAGGCAACAUUAGUUCUGAAGACAACUAUUCAUGUGCUGUUGAAGGAUACAAACAUCUCCACUCUCCUUUAGUGUACGCUCCAAAGACCCCCGUAGUUACCGUGAGUCCCUCUGGUAAAAUAGAGGCGGGAAGCUCAGUGACUCUGAGCUGCAGCAGUGAUGCCAACCCAGCAGCUAACUACACCUGGUUCAAACAUGGAGACUCAGUGGGACAAUCAGGACAGAACUACACCAUCACUAAUAUCACAUCUGAGCUUGGAGGAAGCUAUUACUGCCAACCCCGUAAUGCAAUUGGAUGUCAUAAUUCCACCUUUUUGUUCAUUCGUGUGAAAGAAGACAAUGUUCCAGAAAUGACAUCAUCAUCACAGACAACAGCAGUAGCAGUAGGAACAAUUGGUGUCUUACUUGCCACCACACUCCUAGUCUUUCUCUGGAAGAGAACAAGGAGGGCCUCCAGAAACAGUGCACAGGGAGGAAGGCCAAAUACCGUGGAGGAGAAAUGUCCUGUUCCGUUGUCUGACAACGUCUCAGCUCUGACCAUUCGCUCAGCUCCUGCAGCACAGAGAGAACCAAUAGAAGAUCAGGAUGACCUUCACUAUGCCAGCGUCCACAUCUCUCACUCAAAGAACCAGGAAGUGCCUCGCUGUUUGGCUGGCUCCUGUGUCCAAUCAGAUCAGCCAGAAGGGGUCCUUUACUCUGCGGUCAACUUUAAAACACACAGCACUGUGCCUGAGGCCUGUGACCAGAGAGUGACUGGAGAAACCUCAGAUUUGUACAGCACUGUCAAGAAAACACCCCAGGGAGUGAACCAGUAGCGGCAGUAGGGUUUAAAUAGCGGGAUAACGGAUAGUGUCUCGUUCAAUAUGUUUAAACAGGAAAAUACGCUGGCUGAUUGUUUGCAUCAUAUCCUAUGGUGCUUAAUAUCCUGUGCUGAAUACCUACCACCACUGCUUGAUCAAUGCACGAUCUGACGAUUCUUGAAUUCAUUCUAUUUAUUUACUUGAUCGUUUAUGUUCCUCUUGUGGAGGCCGUCAGCGAGGCCACCAUCUUAUCCAGGGCCUGCGUGCUCUGGUGGACGUUACUCUGCUUCAUCGCUGCUCUCUGCUGGUGACCUGAAUGUACUGCACCUGUAAGGGUCUAAAAUGACAAUAAUAAUAAUAAUAUAGAUUUAAUUUGAAGGCGCCUUUCUCGGCACUCAAGGACACCGUACAAAGAUACACAAAAGUCAUUAAAAAGAAAAGACAAUAAGAAAAAUAAAAACAAUAGUCAGAGCAAUUGGCAUCAGAUGGACUAGGCAGUUUUAAGCAGAUGUGUUUUGAGUUGGGAUUUGAAAUGGGGAAUGAAUCGAUUUCGGUAAUGAAUUCCAGAGACGGGGAGCAGAGCGGCUGAAUGCUCUGCGCCCCGUGGCGGUGAGACGGCACAGGGGACAGACAGGUGUGUGGAGGAAGUGGAUCUGAGGGAGCAGGAGGGAGUGGGAACAUGGAGGAGGUCGGACAGAUAUGGUGUGGCGAGGUUGUGAAUGUCCUUGAGCGCUAAACGGGAGGACUUUUAAAUGGAUACGGACCUGAACCGGAAGCCAGCGGAGCUGUUGGGGGAGAGGUGUGAUUUGGUGGAUAGAGGGGGUUCAUGUUAUGAUGUGGGCAUGUGAAUUCUGGACCAGUCUCACUUUAUGGAGGGAUUUGUGACGGAGGCCUAAAAGGAGAGAGUUACAGUAAUCCAGACGGCAAGGGAAGAGGCUGUGGACAAGGAUGGCAGCAGUGUGGGGAGUAAGGGAGGAGCAGAGGUGAUUGGUGUUUCGUAGGUGGAAGUAGGCAGACGUGUAGGAUAAUGUUAUGAACAAUCAUGGAAAAAGACACUGAAGUUAAAUGGGCGACAAACCAACUUUAAGCUGGACACUGGUGCGGAGGUGAUAGCCAUGUCGCCUUUAAUCUACUCAGAAAAACAGCAUGGCAUACUAACCAGGGCCCGGUUUCCCGAUAACGUUCUCUCUUAGCACGUUACGUAGACUCCUACGUUUAGACUUCUCAAAGUUGUUUACCUCUAUAGGCGUGGUGUUCCGAACGGUGCCUUAGGAGUCUUCUUAGGUAACACUCCUUUCGUCGUUCGUAAACGGCGCUGUCCAGAAAGAACGUGCUGAAAUCGAUUGCUCAGAGAUCGACUUUCCAUUUCAUGCGCAGGUGCAUUACAGCGUUCUAAAAUAUAUUGCAGUCUUUGCGAAUAAAACAUUGCUCAAAAUCCUUCUAGCAGGCCCAAACAUUAAUUUAACCAUGGGCGAACAUAGCAUAGCUUACACUGAUUUAUAAAAAAAUAUAUAGAAAAAUCGACAUUUUGAAAUGAAAACUAAAUUCUUAAUAGUUUAUUUAGCUUAUUAUAUAACUGUUGUUUUUGCUGAGACUGCUUUUGCUAACACUAGGGGUCUGUGUGCGGGCUUUGCGCACCGCCCGGCCAGUGUGUGUUUGUCAGGUGAAAACUAAAUGUCAAGGAACAGAGGCGGUGGUUGAAAAAAGUCUUUCUACCACUUAAUACGUUCACUCAUUUCUUAUAAAGGUUUAUUCAUUACUUAUUAUAAUUUCCUUCAUUUGGAAGACAGUAUUGUUCUUUUUUGAUUUGUAAAAUCAUUGUGAUAAUAAUAUAAUAAUAAUGAAAUGAUUGGAGCUGACCUCGCCUUGCUGUACCGACGGCCCAAAUAAAGAACCGCCGA